AUGGGGGUCCCCAGGGCCUUUCUGCUCUGCCUCUUUGGGACUGUGCUCUGUUGGACAGGUUCCAGAGCCCUGCAGUGCUACAGCUUUGAGCACACCUACACGGGGCCCUUUGACCUCAGUGACAUGAAGUUCCCCAGUAUCUCCUGUCCCCACGGAUGCUCUGAGGUUGUCCUGUCCCUGGACACUGGGUAUCGUGCACCGGUCACCCUGAUAAAGAAGGGCUGCUGGACGGGACCCACGGCCGGCUCCAUGCAGUCCAACCAAGACGCGCUGCCGCCGGACUUCUCGGUGGUGCGAGGCUGCGUGGGAGACUUUUGCAACAACCACCUCGUGACCCAUGACGUCAUCCCCAACCUGAGUCAAGCACCUGACCCACCGAGGCUCAGCGGCACCGAGUGCUACGCCUGCGUGGGCACCCACCCCGAGGAUUGCUCUCCUGACAAGUCCCGACGGGUCCAGUGUCACCAGGACCAGAGCGUCUGUUUCCAGGGCAAUGGCCGAAUGACCACCGGCAAUUUCUCAGUCCCUGUGUACAUCAGAACCUGCCACCGGCCCUCCUGCACCACCAUGGGCACCACCAGCCCCUGGACAGCCAUUGACCUCCAGGGCGCCUGCUGUGAAGGGCAUCUCUGCAACAGGGACUCCGUGACCCAGGCCUUCAACACCCCUACAGCUGCUGCUCCUCCCCGGGUGCCCCACAUCAUGACCCUGGCCCUCCUAGCCCCUCUUCUGGUCAGUUCUCUGGGAGGAUCCCUCUGGCUCUCCAUAUAG